AUGGGGGAGGUGAUCGCGAUCCACAGCCUUGAGGAGUUGGCUACCGUCAGCAGAAACAAGUUGGUGGUGGUUUACUUCAGUGCAACAUGGUCCGAGCCAUGCCGCCUCAUUUCUCCAGUCUUCCAUGACCUUGCCAAGAAGCUUACAAAUGUUACUUUCCUAGAGGUUGAUGUUGAUGAAAUCAAGUUACUUUCUCUCAAAUUCAAUGUUUCGAUCAUGCCGACGUUCGUGUUUGUUAAGGAACGAGUGCUCGUGGACCAGGUUUCCAGAGCUUCGAAGGAUGAGCUGGAAAACAAGAUUGAGAAACACAUGAUUGCGUAG